AUGAAAAAAAAACUUCUUUAUAUAGAAGGAAAAUUUGAAGAAGCCAUAAAUUUUCAUGAACAAGUACUACAAAUUCGAAGGAAAUAUUAUUCUUCUGAUCAUCCUCAUAUUGCUAAUAGUCUACGUAAUAUUGGAGAUAUAUUCCAUAAAAAAGACAGAUAUGAUGAAGCUUUUGUAUAUUUUCAAGAAGCACUUACAAUUUUGGAGAAAUAUUACGAGAGUUUUCAUCCUGAUAUUGCUAAAUGUAUGUCGUCUAUUGGAUAUUAUUUUCGUGAACAAAGAAAUUAUGAUAAAUCUCUCGAAUCUCAUCAACGAUCUUUGACAAUUUAUGAAAAAUGCUAUCCCACUGAUCAUGUAUUUAUUGCUUUGACACUCAAUGAUAUUGCAGAUAGUCUUGGUGGACAAGAUAAAAACAAUGAGGCAUUGAAUGUUCAUUGUCGAGCAUUUCCAAUGCAUAAGAAAUUUAUUCAAUAUGAUCAUACCGAUAUCUCUAAAUAUUUUUGUACACUUAGAUCUUUCUUCUCUGGUCAUAUUGAUAUUAUUUGUCUUUUGCAUAAUAUUGAUGUUGUUUUGAACAUCUUAGAAAAAUUUGAUGAUGCUAUGAUUUUUCAUCGACAAGCACUGACUAUGGAAGAAGAGUAUCAUCCAUCAUUUCAAGCUAAAAUAGCACAGACAUUCAUAUGGAUUGGACAUGUUCUUAGAAAUCAAGAGAAAUAUGAAGAGGCUUUAGAUCAUUAUAAACAAGCAUUAGUAAUGCAAAAGAGUUAUUAUCCUUUAGGUCAUGUGAAUAUAGCUUUUACACUUCAAAAUAUUGGUGCUAUUUUAUCCGAACAAGGAAAGUAUGAUGAAGCUUUGAAAUUCUAUCAGCAAGUAACAAUCGUGGUCGAAAAACAUGGUUUACAUAAUCGAUGUGACAUCGCUUUUAAUUUGAUGGGUUUCGGUAAUAUUCUAUGUAAUCAAGAAAAAUUGGAUGAAGCCAUCGAUUAUUAUCAAAGAGCAUUACAAAUUCAAAAAGAUUAUUAUGAUCAUUCAGAUCAUCCUAAUCUUGCUGAUACGAUUAAUAAUAUUGAUAAUCUACUUUGCAGUCAAAAGAAAUAUGAUGAAGCCACGAAGUUUUAUAAAGAAGCGUUAAGAAUUCAAGAAAAAAAUUAUCCUAAUGGACAUAUCAAAAUUGCUAUAACAUUAAAUAAUAUUGGUCACGUACUGAUGAAUCAAACAAAAUAUGAUGAAUCACUCGACUAUUAUCAACAAGCAUACUCAAUACUUGUCAAAUUUGGAAGUUAUUAUCCUUUGGAUCAGUUACAGAUUGCUUUUAAUCUAAGUUACAUUAGUGAUGUUCUGCAUUUGCAAAAGAAAUAUUAA